AUGAAACCACAAUAUUAAUUGUGGUGAGAUUUCUCGUAUAAUCUGUAAUACCACGAUGAUUAAAAAAUUAAAAGCGUAACCGUAAUUCAUACCAGAAGAAGAUUCACAAUUCACGAACAACGAACAAUAACAAUGGGAAAUACUAGAAUUUGGCAAAUUAUUAAAAAGGCUAACUCAAUAAUAUUAAUUAAAUUAAUUUUAUUAUUAAUAUUAUUAUUAUUAAGGAAAAUAAAAAUAAAAGAAAAGUGGAAAAUAACGGAGGUGAUAAAUUAUAACCCAAGAUCAGCCGUUCGAUCCCUACCUCAUUACAACCGACUACCUCUCUUUGUUGUAUAAACCCUUUUUCAGUCUUCUCGUUAUUAUUCCAAGCUUCCUUUCUUUCAAUCUAAGAGAGAGGAUUUAGGUCGUUUUUCUUUCGAUUUGGCGAUUUUUUUGUUAUUCUCUGCGUUUUCUUUAAGAAUUAUCUGCUGUCAUAAAAAGUCGUUAGAGGCUGACGAUGAUGCAGCAGCGAUAUCGAAUGGGGGAAGAUUUGGAUGAAUACGAGGAUGAUUUUGUAGAACGAGAUGAUUAUGAAGAUGCUGAAGAGGAUGGAUAUGAGGAUGAGGAAGAAGAAGAGGAGGAAGAGGAAAAACCAUUGUCAGCAGAGGCAAUUAAAUACCUGGAACUUCGAGAAAAAUUGAAAGCAAAACACAGGUCCAAUUUGAGGAGGGAGAAUGGCAAGAAUGGUGUCAGUGUUAACAGCUCGAAGUUGAUGAAUUUUGGAUCCUUUUUUGGUCCUUCUAAGCCAGUGAUUGCUGAUAGAGUUAUCCAAGAAAGAAAAUCCUUGUUGGAGACUCGGCAUUUGACACCUAAAGUAUCUACUUCUCAAAAUGAUGCUAAAAAGGUUAGCACACAUUCCACCACAACUUCAAAAAAUGGACUGAGCAAUACUCCUCUUCCAAGACAGGUUAAAUCAAAAGCACAGAUAAUCAAACAAACAAGAGACUAUUCUUUUCUAUUGUCAGAUGAUGCAGAUAUCCCUAAGCCAGCAAAUAAUUCUGGUCCACAAAAGAGUUUAGCUCCAAAGAAUGGCCUAAAAGAUUCCAGGUCAGCUGAAGUUCGGGCACAGAGAAAUGAAUCUUGUUCAUAUUCUGGGAAAAAAGGAAAUGAUGGGUACGAACAACUGAAGCCUUCUUCUGGGACCUCCCAAAUCCAUGAUUCCCGUAGAGCACCGCCUCAGAGGUCAACCUCUGGUAAUAGGGCAAGUCUUCCCUGUGAUUCCCGUAGGCAGUUAGAUUUGAGAAAGCAGAACCAACCAAAUCAGAAGGCAGGCAGCAGUAGUGGAAGUGGGUCUAGACCUGCUGUUCAGAAAGUCUUGGCCCCAAGGAAGCCUUUUUCUUCUAGUGACAGGAAAUUGCCAAAUAGCUCCAUGGAGAGAAGGCCAUCUGCUGCUCCAUUAGUGAAUAAGGCUUCUGUUGUUGCAAAGACUAGUACUCUUGAUCGGCAAAGGCAGCCUAUGGGAAAACCACAUUCUUCUGGUGUAAAUAAUCGUAUGAAUAAUAAUAGGGAUGUUCAGCGAAGUACUGAGAACAGAAUGUUGAAGAAAGAUUCUGCUGAAGCUUCAAGACAGAUGGUGAAGCCGCAGAUGAGGCAUGGAUCUCUUCAGUCUAAUGGGGUAAAAGGACACCACAUUAACAAGCAAAAACCAGCUGGACAGCUACAAAAUUCUUCUGCUGGUCUAAAUAAAGACCACAGGAUUAAAAAACGAAAGGCUCCAGAGUCGGAUGAUGAGGAGAUGGACUAUAGAGCCGUAAUUAGGAAGAUGUUUAGGCAACCCACAAAAUAUUAUGACGAUGACGAUGCUGGCAGUGAUAUGGAAGUCACUGACUUUGACACUAUAAUGGCCGAGGAAAGAAAGAGUGCCAGGAUAGCUAAACAAGAAGAUGAUGAAGAACUUAUAAAGAUUCAGGAAGAAGAAAGACAGGAAAUGUUGAGAAAAAAAGCCAGGAUGCGCAAAAUGCAACAACGCCGAUGACCAUGAAAUUAUGCUUUAUUUAUUCAGUUAUCUGGUCAUUCGCAGCAUUUAUUCAGUUAUCUGGUCAUUCGCAGCUGGAUUUACAUGCCGUUUAUUAAUUGUAUUGUACUUGGAAAGAAUGGCAGUUAUUCAAAAUCCGAGUUGCUGUGUACGAUAGAUUGUGAUGAUGAAGUUCCUCCGUUUUGCCAUUGGACUGUAACAAUAGAUAGUUUUUUUGUUUUCCUUUCAGAUUUAGGUGCAUUGGUUGGGGUGAUUUUGGAGGAGAGGUGAUUGAUCACAUGUAUAUUCAAUAAAUAGAUCCCUUUAGUUUCUUGGUCCUUCGCUUGGAUAGGAAAAAAACUUCCUUUCUGCUUGGGACUUCCUUUUUUUUUUUUUUUUUUUUUUUUUUACAAAAUUGCUUAGGGAUUUCAUGUCAAGACCUUGCAUAUAAACUCAGAAUUUUAAUCAAUGAGAUAUCAAAAGACAAUGUAAUGGUUUUUAUUUUA